CUUUCCCUAGAGACAAGAGGAGCAGCAGCGACACCGCCCCUCCCCCUGGAGGGUCCUGUACAAUCUCAUCAUGGGACUCCUGCCCUUACCCCGGCGCCGCGGAGCCCCCGAGAUGGAGCCCAAUUAGGUGCCUGCACCCGCCCGGUGGACGUCGGGGACGUGGGGGGCAGGACCCUCCCACCUCCUGACGCCCUGGCCAGUGCGGGGGACUUUUUCUGCACCAUGUAGCAUACUGGACUACCGGCCCUGCCUGUCCCAGGGGCGGGCCGGGGCAGCCACUCCGGACCCAGCCCCGGCCUAGCCUGGGGGGCACUGACGGAGAUGUGGACUCCUGGGUCCCUGGCUGAGGAGCCAGGGGAGAGAGGGCUGACGGACUCAGCGUCUGAAGGCGGCGGUGACCGAGGCGGUGGGGACUGAGCCGCCCGCCUCUGCCGCCCAUCACCAUCUCAGGAAAGGCUGCUGGUGCUGGCUGCCCGUUCCAGCUGCAGGGGUGACACUGGUUGGGGGGGGGGUCUCUCUCUCUCUCUCCCAGUGCUCCUUCACUUUGGGCCUGGCCUCAGGCCCCUGGUGCUUCCCCCCCUCCUCCCGGGGAGGGGGCCCGUGAAGAGCAAAUGAGCCAAACGUGACCACUAGCCUCCUGGAGCCAGAGAGUGGGGUGCGUCUGACGGCCGCCCCAGCCCAGCGCCCAGCCAUCUUCCCUGAGCCAGCCGGCGGGUGGUGGGCAUGCCUGCCUCACCUUCAUCUGGGGGUGGCCAGGAGGGGCCCAGACUGUGAAUCCUGUGCUCUGCCCAAGACCACCCCCCGCCCCCCCAUCAAUCCCAUUGCAUAGGUUUAGAAGAGAGCACGUGUGACCACUGGCAUUCAUUUGGGGGGUGGGAUAUUUUGGCGGAAACCGCCCCAGCCUUAGUCCCCAGGGCGAAGCGCUGGGGGGAAACGGGGAGUCAGGGAGGGGGGGAAUCUCAGAAGAGGGAGGAGUCUGGGAGCGGGGAGGGAUGGCCCAGCCUGUAAAAUACUGUAUAUGCGCUGCUGUAGAUACCGGAAUGAAUUUUCUGUACAUGUUUGGUUAAUUUUUUUUGUACAUGAUUUUUGUAUGUUUCCUUUUCAAUAAAAUCAGAUUGGAACAGUGGA